GCAGCAAGUUCCAGAACGGUCAGAAAUCUCGUAACGUUGGGCGACAUGCGCGUAGCAGUCGUAGGAGCUGGAGUCAUUGGCCUCUCCACUGCCCAGUGCAUCUAUGAGCAGUAUCACUCGACAGUCAGUCCACUGACGAUCGAAGUAUAUGCUGACCGUUUCACGCCACUCACCACAAGUGAUGGAGCUGCAGGCCUCUGGCAACCCUACCUCUAUGACAAAGGAAACACCCAAGAGACAAAAUGGAACAAGGAGACAUUUGACUAUCUGCUGACCUUCCUGAGUUCCCCAGACUCCAUUAAAAUGGGGAUUUUCCUCCAAUCAGGCUAUAACCUCUGCAGUGAGCCUGUCCCAGACCCCUCAUUUAAGGAUAUAGUUCUGGGGUUCAGGCAACUGACCAAGCGUGAACUAGAAAUGUUUCCAGGAUACAGCUAUGGAUGGUUCAACACUGCACUCAUGAUUGAGGGUAAGAGCUACUUACCUUGGCUGAUGGAUUGGUUAAAGGAACGAGGAGUGAAAUUCUGUCAAAGGAAGAUUGAGUCUUUUAAAGAACUGGCUGAGUCAGGGGCGGAUGUUAUCAUCAACUGCACCGGCGUGAGAUCAGGGGAGCUGCAGCCUGAUGCAGACCUCAAGCCGGGCCGCGGACAGAUCAUCAAGGUGGAUGCCCCAUGGCUGAAGCACUUCAUUCUCACACACAACUUCACAACAGGUGUCUAUAACUCGCCGUACAUCAUACCUGGGAGUCGCUUGGUCACUGUGGGUGGUGUAUUCCAAGUGGGAAACUGGAGUGAAAUGAGUAAUUCUAUAGACCACAAGAAAAUCUUGGAUGAAGCCUGCAGCCUAGAGCCCAGUCUGAAGCACGCCAAGGUGGUGGAGGACUGGGCUGGUCUGAGGCCCGUACGCAGCAAAGUGCGUUUGGAAAGAGAGGCCAUGAGGUUUGGACCAUCCCACUGUGAGGUUAUCCACAACUACGGCCAUGGAGGCUUUGGCCUGACCAUCCACAGAGGGUGCGCCCUGGAGGCUGCCAGGCUGUUUGGAGAGAUCCUGGAGCAGAAAGGCUGGAAAGCACGGUCCCGUCUGUAACCUUGGCAUAUCUACAGGCUAAUCACUACUUCACUACUUCCCACACCAAAAUCCUUCUAUCAAUGAAACCUCCAUUAGAAAUGUAUCAGGGUAGCUUUAUUGAGCUUAAUCAACACAAGAAAGCCCACUAUGGCAUUUCCAAGGCUGCUAGUGUUUGACUGCAACAGUGCAUUUUGUAAUAGUUGUGAUCAAAUGCUUUGUUAAUUUUGCUUGCUCAAAUCUGAGUGACACUAAGUACCACAA